AUGGGGGAACCCGCUCAUCUAACACCUCGCCAAAUAUGGGCUCAACCAACGACAACGACCACCAGGACUUAUGAAGCGGACUGCACGCCUUUUCUAUUACCCAGUUCCGGUUACGUCUAUUUGAAUCGCUCCUACUCCAUCGCCUUGACCGAAAAUGCCAUCUACGAUCCCAUCUGUACCGGCACGGGCACGCCAACUGCCACGGCCCAUGCGGUCGCCGCGCUCGAUGUCACCGAUCCUUUCUAUUCCUCCGUUACCCCGGCGCUGUAUGCUAUGGGCUGUACGACCGUUGUCAGCUAUCUUCUCGUUAUAAUACUUCUCAUCACGCCGCGUACGUUUUAUGUUGGGGGUCCUGGUGGUGGUGCAAACUUUCUCGGACGUCAUGGUAUGAUUAGCGGUUCGUACAGUGGUAAUUCGUCGGUGGUUGGCGUGGGUGGUCGGCCGUGGCUACAAAAGGUCGCGGCCUUGUUAGUCGCUGUAUCACUCACCAUUGCGACUGUCGACUCCUUUCGUGUGGCUGAACAGCAAUAUUAUUAUGGGUACUCCGAUGCCGAAGCGCUGGCGGACGAGGUCAUCGACGGUAUGGAGAUCCGGGUGGUCAGAAUCAUUUCCAGCACCUUUCUGUGGCUGGCCCAGAUUCAGACCUUGAUUCGGCUGUUUCCUCGACAUAAGGAGAAAAUCAUGAUCAAGUGGGCAGGGUUCGCGUUAAUUGUCUUUGAUACCACGUUUAGUAUCCUCGACAAAUUCUUGGUUAAGACCGACACCGUUCAUCCGCGGCUAUACGAGGACGCGAUCCCCGCUCUCAGCUAUCUAUUCGAACUUGCUCUCAACCUUUUGUACGCCGCUUGGGUCAUCUUUUAUUCGCUUUCGAAACAUCGAUUCGCCUUCUUCCAUCCGAAAAUGAGGAAUAUCUGCCUGGUGGCCUUGCUCUCAUUAUGUGCGAUUCUUAUACCCGUUGUGUUCUUUGUUCUGGAUAUCGCAAAACCGAAAAUCGCCGGAUGGGGUACUUAUGUUCGGUGGGUUGGUUCUGCUGCAGCGAGUGUCGUGGUAUGGGAAUGGGUGGAGCGGAUCGAGGCUUUGGAACGCGAUGAGAGGAAGGAUGGAAUACUUGGACGCGAAAUAUUUGAUGGAGACGAGAUGUUGGAAGUGACCCCUUCGGAAGAGGUCGAUUGGCCGCGCUACAACCCUGACGGCCAUGAUCGAGGUGGAGGCGGUGGAACAUCUUCAGGCUGGGGAGGCAUGAUGGGAUUGGCUCAUCGACCUUUACGUACGAGGGUUGGUCGUAACUGGCAGUCGAACCUGGAGAACCAACAGCACAACAUUCCCAUGGACCCUCGGCGCCGGCGCAUCGCGCCCCGACCAACUCCUCCCCCAGCAGCUAUAACGCCUGUCAGUCGCGCUGACACAACCAGCGCGGCCAGCACGGUAUACAACAUACAUUAUCAUCCGGUUUCUAGUCCCACUCCGCCGGUGGCCAUGCCUCACAUGGAGGAAGAGGAUGAAGACAUAGACGAAGCGGUGGCCGCAAAGGAGAUGACCACCGACGGUCAGCAAGCCGGCCUGGCGCAAGAUGCGCUGGCACAACAACAGACCCGGGAGCAAUCCCCUCAGAUUGUGCACGUGGAUAAAAGGUGGCGAGCGCUACUCAAUCCUUUCAAGCGAAGGCGGGCAUCUUUACCAAGAGAAGUCGCUUCUGCACAGGCCGAGGAAGAGGGGAAUCCCGCAGGUGCUCAAGUGGAACCACAACAUCAUUCCUUGGAUGACAGCGACGACGAGCACAGCUUGCAUCCCAGGCAUGAUUUUCGGUUUGGCUUCCAUCGACGACUGCGACCUGGUUCUGGACGACAAGGCUCCGACUCUCCCUUGCCAGUCACGGUUAUUCCGGCUAGACGCCGUGGUCAACAGACCUGGUCGCCGCAACAAUAUCACGAGCCUAGUUCACGAACAACAACCUCGAAUCAGCGUGUUCCGCCGGCCCGUGAUGACCUGCCUGUGAGGGUGAUUCAGCCGCAAACGCGAACCGCCGCUCCAUGGAGCGCAGCCGAUGGACAAGGGUUCAGUCAUGGCAAUUAUGAGCUGCGAUAUGACCCUGAAGCUGCAGCGCUUGUGGAGCCUGGUGAGCAUUGCUCUGAAUCUCAGCCGGCGCUGGACGCCGAUGGCUCGGUCAGCGAGCCUACUCGGGGGCCGGCUGUGCGCCAACAACCCGAGCAGGAACUCGACCCGGCGGAAGGAGCACCUAUAUCACCAACCCAACCUCUUCCAGAUGAGGCUCCUGAAGAAUCACGAGGGCCACAUGGCCAGCAGUGA